UAUUAGUGGUUUAUAUUUCCAAGCACUUCAUUAUCUAGAACUGGUGAGGCAAGGUUUUCAAAGCUUCGACCUUUUAUAUCAGUUCUACCUCGAAAGGUGAAGAGAAGCAAGGCAGAAGGCUCAACUUCAAAGCUCUCGAAUACAGUGUUGUGCCAUUGGCACCUAAACCAUGUUGGUUAUGGAGAGAACGUAUCUUUUGUUUUUAGUUGUAUCAUAUUUCGUUUUUACCAUCGGGAAAACCAACGAUGUAGAAGAAGAAUUAUUAUUGUAAGUAGAUCUUUAUUUGUAAUUUGCAGUUUUGUAUGAUAUUUGAUUUUAUAAGAAAUGAGUCACAAAUAUUUUAGCAAAUCACAUUUUUCGGACUAUGGCAGUGCAUUAAAUCUUCAAACUAUAUCAAGCGGAACUAGGUACUGUCUGCGCAUAUAGAUGUUUUGACAUCUUUGCUGGAUUUGUGUCAUAUACCGCAUUUAACCUGUAAAAUGCAGCAUGACGGAGUAAUUUUAUAAGAAUUAUAGAGGAGUAUUAAAAAAUAUUUUGAAUUAUUUAGUUCUACGACUAUACAUGUUUGAUAUUGGCCUUUGCAAUAGCAACUCUAAAUCCUCGAUCGAAUUGACACUCAAGCACAUAUGUUGACAUUUUUAAUUUUAUAAGUUUUAACACAUAUAUAUUUGCUACUUUAAUUUUUAGAGUAAAAAUUUUCUGAUUUUUAAAUAGGUUGAACGAGCUAGACAAACUGACAGAUAUGGCCAGUGAUGUUUCGGAUGGAAGGAAAAGUUCUCCUGCUGCGAGUAGAAAGCCGAAUUUUUGUGAAUUCAGCGAGCCAUACACAGUUGAAUUAGAGGAGGUUUUCAACAACACUGUAAAAAAGUCCUUCCAGGUUCCGUGUUCCGACUUAGAAGGAAGUCUGGGAAAGAGGAAUAAAAGGGACAUGUGCGAAGUAUUUAGGUAUGGCUUAAGCUUAUAUAAUAUUUCAAAAUUUUGAUCUAUCUUUGUUGAUCGACCGUGUUUAAUUUUUUAGCCUUUGUUUGCAUUUAAAGGGGCAAUGUCACCGAUUUUUGGGCAAUUCCAACCAUCGCAAAUUUUGCCCAAAACUGGGAAAAAAUGAGUGUAAGCAUAAAAUAAAGCAAUAACAGACACAAAAAACAUGUACAGAAGUCUGGAUGGGCAAGAUUACGCCAGGAUUGAGAUGGAUUGUAAAUGGCAUCUUGAUUAAUUGUUGGCAGACACUUUUCAAGUUUUAGUCAUUUUUUAUGAAAAUGUCAUAUUACAUGUUUCGUGGAAGUUCAAAGUUGUUUAAUAUGACUCAUAUAUCAUAACUUAAUCCAUUUACAAUGUUUAUUUUUAACUUUGUAGUUCAGCUUUUGAAUAAACGGUAUUUUAGGUCAAAAAUCGGUGACAUUGCCCCUUUAAGCUGUUGCCUGUUAUUUUAUGAAACAGGAAACUCAUGUGCUCAGCCGGCUAGUCUUGAUCUCCCCGCAAAAUAUACAAAAAUAGAAAUUAAUUAGCAUACUUUCGAAAUAUUACCAUGCAGCCAAUUUAAAUACAAUACGAUGUCAAUGCAAUUUCAACAGCAAUCAUUUAUACUAAAAUUAUUUUAACUGACGUUAUAGAUUUUUACGAAUACCUUAUGACAUAAAUUCUACAAGAACAAUUUGGUGGCUUAUAAGCCAAAUAGUCUAUUGACACAAGUAUUAUGGUCUCGUUAAAAUACUGUAAAUACAGACUGCCAAAGCAUAUACAUUUAAUCGUUCGUGUGUCCAUACAAAGUGGAUUAAACUAAAUCGAACGGCCAAUAUCUGACUUUGCAUCACUUCCUUGUCGCAUACACGUCAUGUUAAGUGUUGUAACAGUGCUCGAGUAAAUUAAUCUAAGCGCAAGGUUUUCGCAAUAUGAAUGCGUGCUGUUUUGCACCAGACAUCCGCAGUGAACUCCAACCUUAAAAUUCCACUUAACGCCCCCAUUUUCGACAUGUUUGAACAUGUUUUGUUCCCAGCCGUUCAUCCCUGCCAGUGGAAUGCAGUUAAAAGCUACUGCAAUUAGGUAUAAUAAUAUUAUAAAAAUGUUCAGUACAUAAUUCCAUUAGUGCAUGGUGCGCAGUGCGCUCUAGACAACACAAUGGAUUUUAGCAGGGUCAAGCCAGGGACAGGGUGCAUGUUCUUUUGCUCAAUAUUGUCUUUUUACUGGAAAUUUAAAGGAAUUUAUGGAUGUCAUUUGAAUAGUUUUUGGGGUUUUAUUUUUUCAAUGUGUACGUUUGAAGCGAUACAUUCUCAUCAAUUUUUUAUACGGCCAACCUCAUCAUAAUGACACAUGCACGUAUGUGAAAUAUGGUGGCCAAUAUUGAUUACAUCAGGUAUCAUGCCGCAUAUUAGGUAUAGUAGACCCAUGAAUUACCUUGCCAAUUUUAAAAAAAUUCUGUUGAGCUGAAAUUUUUCAAAUUACAUAAAGGCGUUUAUUCAUUAUAAUUUUUUUCGAAAAAUUUUCAAAAUAAUUGAUUAUACUAAGACAAAUCAUUUUUAGAAAUAAAAUUUUGGGGUCAUCGAUGACGUUUACGAGUUAAAUUACUUUAAAGCCAAAAUAUCCACCAUCUUGAAAUGUCAUUGCUGCCAUAGCAACGGCAGUUGCGUAACGUUUGUGCAAAUAUUCUUUAGAUGUUGUUUUAUAUUUUUCAUUUUUCAACAAGUAAUAAUUGUCCAAAAAUAUGUAACUAAAUCGUGAAUUUUCAAUUUUUUAAAUUAAAACAGUAUUGAGCCACCUUAACUUAGACCCACGGUUAAAUUUGCCCGGCCACGUACUUCGAACUCAUUAUUUCUGAGCCAAAGUACAAAAUGUCAAAACAUGGCAGUGAUGGCACAUCGACAAGUCGGAAGCUUGGAUCUCUAUCAUAGUUUCUAUUCAGACAACGACAGCUUAAUCAAUACAUAAUAUAUACAAACAUAGGCUAAUACAAGUCAAUGAAGAGAUAAAAAGUUCAACAAGUUGCGUCGAUCAUUACAAAUUUAGCUUACAUAUAGGCCGGUACGGCGCAUGUUGGUAGGCACUUGACUGCUAAACACAGUGAUAGUGACUGUCUAACUUAGGUAACACUAGCACAAACUUUGGACGUGUUUUAUAGAGUCACCGUAAUGGCUCACAAUUGUGAUGAAUAAUAAAACGACUAGACCUUAUUAAUUAUCAUCAUAUACCAACUCGAACCUCCGCUAACUCGAACAGUUUUUUCCCGCUUGGAAGUUCGAGUAAUACAAUGCUAUUCUGACACUACUGUUGUAUUGGUUAAGUUCUAAUACUGCAUGAAUAUUACUAAAUUUUAAUCGCAGAAUUUACAUUAGAGACGCGAAUCUUGUCAUAGACUGAGAUAAUUUAAGAUGAAAACUUGUCUUGAUAUGCUUUAGGAAAGAGUAUCGGGUGUUUUAGACAUGCAUGCUAACGGUCGUAGAGAUAGAGGUCUGUGGCUGUGCCAAGGUUGAAAAUGUCGGCAAGGAUUCUCUGUUAAUAUAUAUAUAUAUAUAUAUAUAUAUAUGCAAAGCUCACUUCCCUUGUGGUCGUUUGGAGCACUCUGGCCCCAUUACGCUCUGCGCAUGUCUGGAUGCGUUGAGUCACCGUGUUGUACCACAUGCCUUGGUGAGAGCAAGUUCAUGGGGGUAUAAAUACGAGUGUCUCACGUAUCUAGAUGUGUACCAAGCUGCACUGACGAGGCGUUGAACGCCGAAACAUGCAUGUCUGCAGAUUGUACUAUAUAUAUAUAUAUAUAUAUAUAUAUAUAUAUAUAUAUAUAUAUAUAUAUAUAUAUAUAUAUAUAUAUAUAUAUAUAUAUAUAUAUAUAUAUAUAUAUCUAUAUAUAUCUAUAUAUCUAUAUAUCUAUAUAUCUAUAUAUCUAUAUCUAUAUCUAUAUAUCUAUAUAUAUAUCGCAUUGCAGCUUAAUUGAGGCAUGUAAUAAUUUGUCGAUAAACUGAUGUGUGUGCCAAGGAGUGUGUUCAAUUGCACACCAUUCACAUUCAUAUAUAUAUAUAUAUAUAUAUAUAUAUGUAUAUAUAUAUAUGUACUGAAUCAGAUUAAAUUGUCAUUGUCAUUAUAUAUAUAUAUAUAUAUAUAAGCGCCCUGGUUCCGACCUUGUUUUUCCGGAGUUAGAUUUCCGACUUUCCGUCACUUUCAACGCACUCGACCACAUAAUUUUAAUAUCAGUAUAUUUCUGUGCAUUGCUGGACAACUCGUCUUUAUUUGUCCGACUGAAUGUGAAUGAGGACAAGUUUCUAGUUACCAGUUCCAAUUUAAACUUCGCAUCUGUUUUAGUGAUAAAUUGACCGAAAAUUUCUAGACGCGAAAAUAAGCAAAUAUGCCGGCAGGUCAGACCGACCUAUGAUGUGAACAUAUAGGCCUUGUAAUUGGCUGAUUAAAUAUGACAAUAAACUAUAGAAAUUAUAUUUCUAAAGAACGAACAUACUUCUGUUUCCAUCACAAACCGUGUUCAUAUUAACUAAGUACUAUUUAAAACACGAGCACAAGUGUUUUAUCAGAUACAAAAUGCGAGGCACAGCCGAGUGUUUUAGUUCAAUAUAUAGCUUAAAAUAGGACUACAAAAGAAUACUAAUCAGGAUGAACAAUUAUAUAAUAAUACUAAUUAGGAUGAACAAUUUUAUGAAGAAUAUACUAAUGCAGAUGAGUUUUAUCAGAUAUUAAAGUUACUCCACGAGUUCACAUGACAUAUUAUGACUGACAUGAUUUGCCACAAGGUUUAUGAAUUAUUAAUGAUAUUUUAACAUAGGUAGCCCAGACACACUGUGCGAUUUAAAUUUAAAUGCUUGGCAUACUUAAUUACCCCCUGCGGUAUCGAUUUCAAAAUAAUAAUGUUAACGAUCAGCUCAAAAAUAUUCCGAAUUUUUACACUAAAAUGUAUCACUAAUCAAUGCUUAUCGUUGAAGGAAAUAUACUUAGGUACAUAGCAUGCGCAUGCAUCAACAUAAAUAGUUUAUACCUUUAGUAGACACACUUGUAAUCCAGCUUUAAAAUCAUGACAUUCACGGCGACGCAGCGGAGGAGGGGAAAGGAGACAAGGUUGGCAACAUCCAUUGGCCAAGCUGCACGUAUCACCAUAAACAAACCCGUCUAACUCAACAAUACGGAAAGCUCAGCCGAAAAUUCUACAACAGCUGAUAAAACAACUAUCUUGCUUUACAACAAUGUAGUCCUUUCAAAAUUUGAAAGUUUCCCUUUGCAGAAAUUUCACUUCAAACCACAGCCUCCAUACAAAAUUUACGAUGUGACUGGGCGCAAGGUAAACAAGGUUCACGGACGGUAAAUUUUAAAUUUAAAUCUCGCGCCUAAUUGGAUAAGCGUAAUUCAAUCAAGUGACGUCUCGCAAGGUCGUACCGCUUUAUCCAAUUAGGCGCGAGAUUUAAAUUUAAAAUUUACCGUCCGUGAACCUUGUUUACCUUGCGCCCAGUCACAUCGUAAAUUUUGUAUGGAGGCUGUGGUUUGAAGUGAAAUUUCUGCAAAGGGAAACUUUCAAAUUUUGAAAGGACUACAUUGUUGUAAAGCAAGAUAGUUGUUUUAUCAGCUGUUGUAGAAUUUUCGGCUGAGCUUUCCGUAUUGUCGAGUUAGACGGGUUUGUUUAUGGUGAUACGUGCAGCUUGGCCAAUGGAUGUUGCCAACCUUGUCUCCUUUCCCUUCCUCCGCCGCGUCGCCGUGAAUGUCAUGGUUUUAAAGCUGGAUUUCAAGUGCUUCUACUAAAGGUAUAAACUAUUUAUGUUGAUGCAUGCGCAUGCUAUGUACCUAAGUAUAUUUCCUUCAACGAUAAGUAUUGAUUAGUGAUACAUUUUAGUGUAAAAAUUCUGAAUACUUAUAAGCUAAUCGUCAACAUUAUUAUUUUGAAAUCGAUACCGCAUGGGGUAAUUAAGUAUGCCAAGCAUUUAAAUUUAAAUCGCACAGUGUGUUUGGGCUACCUAUGAUUUUAAGUAUAGGUACUAUAAUGCUAUUUAUCUAAUGAAUACAGGGUUGUGUUAUUUUUGCGCCCUCAUGCUCUCCCACCCAACCACACCCAAAUCGCUACGUCUAGGUAACGAGGAAUGCUCUUAGGUAUUUAUACGCGCUAUGGGUAAUUGAUAUUGUUAGUUGCAAUACACGCAAUUAUAUUAUUAUUGAAUAGCUGCUGUUAUACAUCUUUGAAUUGUAGACAUUGUCACAUUAGUCAGUUUAAUUGUUUCAGGAAUUUUUUCGUAAUAGUUUCAAUCCAUUAAAAAUUCUAUUUAGCGGCUUAGUUAUGACGUCCAUAUUUUGGUGGAAAUGAUCUAACAAGCAUUGUGAAGACAUGUAGUGUAGUAUUGCAUGUUCAGUGCAUACAGCUACUGUAUUUCAAUUAAGGUUGUCAACGUGCAAAUCGGAAAAGUCCAAUACGAGCGCGAAAUGCUGCUGGGAAUCGUUAACAAAUUAAUGAAUUUUCAAAGCGAUUAAUCCCAGCAGCCUUUCGCGCUCGUAUUCGACUUUUCCGCUUUGCUCGUGGUCAGGACAAACUUAAUUGAAAUAACUGUAAUCACGAGUUUCCAUUACGGUGAAAAAAUCAGUUUACAUCGUUUCCUGACAUAACAGCUAGCACUCUGACAUAACAGUUUGCCCAGCUCUAAUUCCAACCUGUACAUGUCACAUCCUGUGUUCGACAUUGCUCAGCGAUGUUGCUUGGGGAAGCGGGGGGGGGGGGUUCUAAUUCUAGCGAUCAUGGACAUUUGUUAUACCGGCUAAAAGUAAAAUGGCUUUACCAAAUAGUAAGAAAGGAUACGUUUUAAAUAGCCUGCGAGCAGGCUCUCUGGGGAAAGAGAGCCUGCAAGGAUUCCUAUGAUGAUUGCGUGCCGCCCUUCAAUUAUGAUGUCACAGGUCAAUUAAUAACAACCAAUCAGCGCAGACCGGAAUACACUACGAUAUUGUAAACAUAAACCGAUUCGUUUCAAAUUCGUUAAUAGUUUCGUAUACAGACCGCCACUGUGGUAAUACUAAAAAAGUUAAAACGGCUCGAGGUUUUACAGAGUAAUAUAUCAAGUUGUACUUUUUAUUACAAUCUGCAUGUGUUUCUCCUGUAGGCACAGUAAGUUUAAAGUUGUAUAUUACCCGCUAACUAAUUCAGUUAUUUGGAAUUGCUUCGUGCUGCAAUAUAUAAUAUACACUGUAUACAGUUUAUAUAUAUAGUAAUAAUAUAACUUACUGAAAUUUAUGGCUUUGGUGAGACAUAGACAUAUAUUAUAUAUAUACCAUGGACAUUGGACAUAAUUUAACAAUAUGUUUAUAGUUCAAAUUUUGCAACAAAAAGUGGAAUUGCAGUAAACAUGCAUGUGAUAAUUAUUGUAAACAAAGUGACGAGUAAAUUACUGUACAUUUUAAACGCCGCAUACUUAUAAAUAUUAAAUAGUCAGUAUAACAUUGUAAAACAAGCUUAAUACACACAAUAUGCACUGAAUAUUAUCAGAAUUCCCAAUAUUGUUUCAUAAAAGAGAAGCGAUAUAAUGCCUUGUCCCUAGGUUUCGGUUUGCGAAUUUGUGCAGUCUUUCUCAAGAAUUAUUCUUGGCUUAGGAGUCAGACAAGCCAAGGACACAAUAAAGCAUGCAAGCUUUUAGUAUUCGUCUUUAUAUGAAUACUAUAUUAAUUUACAGUAAAAAGUCAACCAGGAUCAAAAUACAUGACACUUUUAUCUCUACAUUGCCGCAAUUCCGAAGCUUUGCAUUGCUCGGUUUUACAAACAGGAAGUGCAAGUUUAUGGAAGCUUGUCAAUCACUUCAUAUGAAUCAGUUAUCAACCAAUCAGAGCACUGCGUCCAAAUAUUGGACGCAUGCACCGAAUCAUCAUCGGGAUCCUUGCAGGCUCUCUUUCCCCAGAGAGCCUGCUCGCAGGCUACGUUUUAAAAAGUCUACGGAUAUUAUUCUUAUGAUUGUAAUAUCACUUAACAUGUCACAACUUAAGUUAAAGUAUUUAUUUUGAGUCUGAGUUGACGUCACAUGCUCCAAUAUGUCGGAACAAUUUUAAAUUUAACGGUAUACAACUAAUCAACUGAUGGAAUUUCUUUGUUAUAUUGGCUUGAUUGCUUGAACAGUUACCGAUUAUUUUGACUGAAAUAUGGAAUCUAAAUUAACUCAGAUUAUGAACACUUGAAAACACUGAUUGCAGGGAUGCCGGAACUGGUGGGGGGUAGGAGGGGCAGCCGCCCCCGUUGCCCUUCACCAGGAGGGGCAAGGGGGCAAAGUUUCCCUUUCAAUAUAAAGAAUUGCCUUGGCGAGAUAGAGAAUUGUCAGAAAUGUUAGUGCAAUUCUUUUACGAAUUUGCUUCAGAAAACGCAAGAAAUGCAGUCAUCGAGCUUCAAGAAUAGCACAAUCGCCUGGCGGAGGACCCCCUCACACCCCUAUGAUCCAAUAAAUAGAAAACAUGAUUAGGCGAAGUUCAACUCCCGAAGUUUUGCAAACAUCUCUUAGUAUGAUAUCAAUUCAAAAGUACCCUUUCACGAAAAUCUGCACCCCUUGCCUUCACAUUGUUCCGGCGUCCCUGACUGAUUGUGUCAAACGUUCCACGACUUUUAAAAUCCAUGCAUGCAGUCAGACUGACGUGUACUUAUGUACUUAAGAACAGGGGCUAAGCAUGGAGAAUCAAUGCAAAAACAGUAUUAUGAACUAUUUUACUAACAUAAUAAAUACUAAAAGAUAUACCAAUUUUUACAUUGAUUUUUUUACAUUGAGUAUAACUACUAGCUACAUAUACUUUAAAAUACUCUCAUUUAAAUUUAGCCUGCGAGUAGCAGGUAUUGCCCACCUUCCUCUAUCACCCUCUAAUACCACGCCUUCUAAGCAGGCUAAUUUUAAUUGUUAAUGUAUAAGUCAGUGCAAUCAAAUAUUGACUCCAAUACCAUGAAAAACUAGUAAAAAAAACUUUUUUCUGUAUUCUCCACUCACGGCCUUGCCUUUGCCUUCCUCAGGGCUGACUUAGCCUGUGAACCUCCUUUGCAAAAAUGUCUGACUAUACAGUCUAUACUGUCUCCCUACCUUGGGGCAAAGGCUAGCAUUACAACCCACAUAAAGGCUAACUUGGCUAGUAAAAGCUAAUUAAGUUAAUGCUUUGUCCUUGGCAAGGCUCCAUUGGCAUUGUGCUAUAGAAGCCAAGAGGUGGUGAAAAGUGAUUGCAUCCUUAUCCUGGUUUUAAAUUGUCUAUUGUUUAUUUGUUUUUAACUUCUAAAAAUAAUCUAGAACAUUCCAAGCCUUCCAAAGUACGCAUAGCCAUAGUCAUAGACCCUGCGUGUCUCUGCAGCUCACCCUAUUUUAUAGAUCUUAAUCUCAUUGAAAUAAUAAAAAUCAACUUCCAGGCAUGCUUGUUGAAGACCGAGACUGCUUGUGUUACUCAAUAGCUAAUAUGAUAAUUGCUAAUAUAAAUUUUUCAGUCGUCAGCAGCUACGUCUUCAUAUGUUUCAUAUUUUGAGGAAAGAUUUACCAGCAAAAUAGGAAUUUAAUAUAAUUAUAAUUAAUUUAGAUUUUAUUUAAUUAGUCGGUGGUCUUUCAUGGUCAAGUUGGUGUAGGUUUGUUCUCCUGACUUAAGGUGGUUUUCCACUAGGCGAAAUUUUUCGACCGAACCAAAAUUUCUAUUGUUCAAAUUCAAAAGAUUUCUGAUUAGUUCCAUCUGAGUGCUUGUAAGGCAAAAGAAAAUUUCGAUUCGGUCGAAAAAUUUAGUGGAAAACGGCCUUUACAAGCUCUCAGAUGGAACUAAACAGAAUUCUUUUGAAUUUGAACAAUAGAAAUUUGAUCGAAAAAUUUCGCCUAUAGUGGAUGUAAAUUGCUGACAAAUAAACGAUUUUCAUUUCAUGCCACAUAGUUACUAAAUUAUUGGGUAUAUUUGCAAUGAUAUCUCAAAUGUGUAAGAGCGACAGUAUCUUUUUUAAUUAGUAAAGUAUGAACUAAAAUGAACGAACUGACCAAUUAAGUCAAUUAACUGAUCAAUAUUUUAGAACUAUCAUUGUGCCCACAAAACGCUUGGUAUCAAAGACUCUAUAUCGAGUGGUUGAAAGAUGUUGUGAGGGUUGGACUGGUGAUGAUUGCAUGACAGGUAUGUUAUAGUGGACUGUGGAUGCAAUAUUCUGUAUGGACAGGUGUCAACUAUUGGUUAUACGGUAUCAAUACGGAACAGCUAUUACGUCGUUUGUUAUAGUUAUCGCGGUAGGAAAUUUAUUUAUAUAAUUUGUCAGGGAAAAAUACAGGGAAAUGUUGGUUGUAGGCCUAGUAUACAGCCGUGAGUAACGGCAAUCGCUCGCCCUUUUAAUUAGUGGUUUAUUUACCAGGCUUUGUGCCGAAAUAUGCCAUAGGCAUGCAAUUAAUUCUUUAUUACUUGGCAAGUCCUUUCUAAUCUAGACUCGUAGAUGAAAUAAACAGAUUGUUUCAUUGUAUACGUCAGUAAAAAUUGGAGUGUGACCCAAGAAAGAUUCUUCAUAAGUCACGGUUCUAUUAUGGCAAUUUUGUUAAUGGAAACAACUUGCGACGCCCCUAUAGCUUGCAAUAAUAUUUAUUUAUGGUGACUGAAUGUUCUCAAUCAUAACAUCUUCAUUAUAUAGCUACUGAUGAAGAACAAGGAAACAACUUUAAAAGACAAUCAAGUAAAUGAGCACUACAUUGAUUUUGGAUAAGAAAUAGAACUUAAACAUCGGGUUAAAGACAUUAAAAUUAUCUUCCUUUUUAUAUCAUAUAUGUAAACCAACUAGUUCUUGGCCAAACUUUUAUUUUUUAUGUAAACCCAAGAAACUACGUUGUUUUUUUCAUGUAAGCCCAAGAAACCACAUGCAUAUGAUGGAAAAGCUUAUACUCUAAAAUUUUUUUCAAGGAGUCAAUCCAGGAAUAUGUCCAAGAUAUUCAAGGCCAGGACGUUUUGGACGUUGUGCAGAUGAAUGCCAAACUGACGCAGAUUGUGGAAAGACCAAGAAGUGUUGCAGGUCAACAUGCAUAGGACUGAAAUGCAUGUCACCAUGUAAGAUGUUUUCAGUAAAAUAAACAAGCAGUAGAAUACAAUUAUAUAAUAAUCAAUAUAAGAAUGUAUCACCCGAAAAUUUCAGAAAAUAUAAAUCUAGCUAAAGAUCAACAUCUUCAGAAAUGUAUAUGGAUCGAAAACAUGCAGGAACGAAAUUAAAUUACGUUUUUAUAUUUUUAAUCGACAUAUACUGUAAAAUAAGAUCAGAUCUUGCAAGAUCUCGAAUACUAGAGUAUCAUGCGAGAAAAAAACUAAUAUUAGGUGUGUAAGAUUGCCGUCUUAUAGAUAAAAACCUACUGAGUACUGUGUCCGGAUUUUAGGUAAAACCUUCUCUAAAUGUCGGCACAUAUAUAAUGCUAACCUAAGAGUAAAAAUAAAAUAAAUGCCAUUAUCACAUACCUGUGCUAAAAGCGGCUUUCUGAUUGGUUCCGUGAGCAGGUGAGUUUUUUCGAACUCUUCUGCCCUUCGCCACACUUAUGCACCCGCGAUAAAACUUCUUACGUUGCCGUCCGCGUCAAUAACAAAGGCGGACAAGAUUUAGCCGAUAAACAUAAAAUUUAAAGAACUUUUUUCGGUAACUCACCUGCUGAAACUGAAGAAAACCAAAGAAAAAAUGCGAUGUUUAAUGUUUAAUUAUAUAUAUUUUUGUACAUUCUCCCAGAAGGUACUCAAAACUAGUUAUUUCAUUAACUAUAUUAACCCCAGUUAUAUCACAUUAAUAUUUUCAACAGCGUGUAAAUGUCUUAAUGGAGGAAUUUGUGACGCAAACUUUCGCUGUGUUUGCUCUAUUGGAUUUUCUGGCAACAGUUGUGAGUUUGGUAAGUACUAUAUAGUUGUCCUGUCAGGUCUUUCACAUAAUUAGCGCAAAAAUAUUUGCCAAAACUUUUGCAUUAAAUUGGUCAUUUUAAUUAUAAUAAUUAUCAUGAAAUAAGGCGUGUUACUGACCUUGCUGGCACAAUCCACAAUUCCUGCAAUAGACUUUUGCAUUUAUUACCCGUUCUAUUGAAUAUAGUGGCUCAAUUCAAGUUAUAUAUAUUAAGCUUGUAUUAAGAAUUAAGGUCAAUCCCUAUUACACGUCAGGAGAUUAAUGCACUCAGGAUAACUAUUUUAAGUAUGAUUGAAUCUAUUUCAUCUGCUAAUCCUAUAAAAAGAUUACCCUUGGAAUGUCCAAAAUCCAUUUACAGCCGACAAUUUGAUAAAAGAAUAUAUAAAAAAAUAAGGGGCUUUUUAGAUAAUCUUGCAUGGUUUGCAGGAACGGGUGGAAGGUGAGAUGAUUGAAAUAAAUCGAAAGUUAAAACGCCGAUUAAAAUAACUCAAAUGUUUUGGAGAAGACCUCGCAGUUGAAGAAGAUUAUUCUUGCUGCUUGAACAACCUGUCGCGUUUAUACAAUUAUACUACUAUUUUAUCUAUAGAUAAAUAAUGUAGUUUUGCUGAAUCGUGCAACGUAACAUUUUUCAAUCAUAUCCCGCCUCACAUAUCUUCUCGGUUAAGCGGGAUCAUGUAAACUGCCACUAAAACACGGCAUUUUGCAAAUCCAAGAUAUGAAUUAAGAUCAUGACCAAAAAUUUAUCGUUUUAUUUACCAUUGAUUUUAAUCCAUAUCUUGGUCUUGGAUUUGCAAGAUUCAUUUCAUCGGAAUUUGUUUUAUUUUAUAGUCUAAUUAGAGUGUGGUUAUGAGGAGUAGAUACUCGUAACUACACGAAUAAGGAACUGCUGUAGAAUUAUUAUUUUAUUGUACAGCGGAAAACGACUGCAUUUCAUUUUAGAAACUUUGCUUUUCGUUUAGGCAUCAGAAUAGCACGAGACAGUUGUGUAAAGCAGAACAUCGCGAUCAAGUAUGGGACCGUAUCAUCCGAUACCCUCACACUUAAUGUUUCCGAGGCUAGAGCUAACAUGCAACAACUUGUUGAUAUCGGGAGAAAAGAAUUAAAUAGUAAAUGUAGAUCAAAAGCGACACUUAGACUUGGGACUGUACGGGUAUCUGAGUCAUCAGGCUACACGAUCGAAGCAUCGUUGGAAUAUUUAGUAUAUGCAGGGUACAGACGUUGGGAUUUCGCCACGUGUGUUGCGAAUGCUAAUCUAUUUCAAGAUAUAGUUAAUGACCCUAAGAAAGCUCCCGCUAUUCAAGGGCUGCAGUAUUCGUCGUAUGGAGCAACAAACGUUACUAAAGGUUCUAGUGGUUUAAGUGUCGCAUCAACUUGCUGUAAUCCUGGCUCGGUUGUUAACAGAGGAUCUUGCCGUACGUUUUACUUUAUUUAUCAAGCCAACAACAGCAACAACAACAGCAACAACAACAACAACAACAACAACAACAACAACAACAACAACAACAACAACAACAACAACAACAACAACAACAACAACAACAACAACAACAACAGCAACAACCACCUAAAGCAACAACCACCUAAAGCCAAUGAAUAGCUAUAAAUGUGAAUAAAAUAAUUAAAAAUAGUAAUUAUAAUAUUUUUAAAUGAUACAGCGGUCAUCCAAGUUUAGUACGAGUUUGCAUAAUUCUAAAUAUAUUUUUCCUUAACAGAACAAUGCAACGCUCAGUUUUAUCACGAUAAAAAUCAAGACAAGUGUAGUGAAUGCCCAGGCAAUACAUACCAACCUAACAGAGGAAGUACAAGUUGUUUAACGUGUCCGUCUGGCCAGAUGCCAAACAGUGCUAAGACACAAUGUGAAGGUAAAAUCAAGUCAAGUUUGUUUAUUGCCCAUCAUACUCUUGUGUUAUAAUCUAUGUUUGGAAUAUUACAUGGCAGUUAAUUGCUCAUGUUGAUAAUUAGAUAAUAUAGUCGAACAUUUUCGUUGCAGUGGCCUGUGUCCCAUCGUGUCAAAAUAAUGGAAUUUGUAGAAACGGUCUCUGCUACUGUCCUCAAGGACAUGAAGGGGUGUCUUGUGAAAUACGUAAGUAUUCUUAAGCGUGGCGGUUCGCCAUUUUAAAUUAUUUCUUUAUACAUCAUUUAGUUGCC